AUGUCAAUUCGCAACCAACAAGAUCUGGAGUCCGAGGAGCUUCUACCGAGUUUGUCGGACAAUAAACCAACUCAAUAUGGAAGCUUGGUCGAUUCAGAUUCAAACUCUUCUUCCAAUGAGCUUGAACCACUCAAAUCUGAAGAAGCACUCGGUAUGAAUGUGGACCUCGAAGACGACGAUUUGAAAGAUCUACCUAAAGCAGUUAGAGAAACUGUGCCAUUGACAGACGAUCCAAAUAUACCUGUAUUGACUUUCAGGUACUUUGUGCUUUCCACACUUUUCAUCAUUCCUGGAGCUUUCAUCGACACUGUGAAUUCCUUCAGAACUACAUCAGCAGCAUAUUCCAUUUUCUUUGUUCAAAUAGCUGCCCAUUGGGCUGGCAAGUGGAUGGCCAAGACUCUUCCGGACCGUAGAAUAAAUUUGGGUCUCUUCUCAUUUUCACUCAAUCCUGGACCAUGGUCAAUCAAGGAGACCGCAUUGGUCACCAUCACAGCCAAAAGUGGAGCCACAGGAAACUUAGCAACCAAUGCCCUAGCUCUAGUUGAGAUAUACUUCGAUACGAAGGUUCCAGCAUGGGUAGCCAUAGGGUUCAUGUGGUCCAUUGUGUUCAUUGGAUAUUCUUAUGCUGCAAUAGCCAAAAGAGUGGUGAGUUAUGACCCUCAGUUCCAAUGGCCACAGUCUUUGAUGCAGACAGCCUUACUACAGAGCCAGAAGAAAGCCGAUGGAACAAGAAGAGGCGGUUCUCAAAUGCGAAUUUUCUUCAUAUGUGCCGUGGCCCUCUUUCUAUGGCAGAUGUUACCGGAGUACCUCUUCCCCAUGACAUCUUCGGUGGCGUUUUUGUGCUACAUGGCUCCAACAAACCAUGCAGCUAACUUUAUUGGCUCGGGAUUGGGAGGAAUGGGGUUACUCAAUUUGUCGUUCGAUUGGGCUAACAUUACAUCUCUGGUGAUGUUGUAUCCAUAUUGGGUACAGGUAAUCCAGUUUGUUGGUUUCAUAAUUGGUGCUUGGGUGUUGAUUCCAUUGGCAAAGUGGUCGUCACUCUUUUCGUUCAAACAUGGACUCAUGUCUAAUCGUUUGUUCACCAAUGAAGGUAUGUUGUAUCCAACAGACAAACUUAUAACUUCUGAAGGACUCUUCAACAAAAGAGCCUAUGAAUUUUACGGUCCAGUGCACCUUGGAUCGCAGAGGGCAUGGAACAUGUUUUCGGAUUACGCAGCUUACGUCUCUGGAGUAGUGUGGGUGGUGGUUUUUGGAUGGCUGCGUCUCAGAGCCAGUUUUGGAGGUCGAAAAGUGACUUUCAAUGAUCGCCUCAACAAAUUGCACAGAGCAUACAGAGAGGUCCCUGGAUGGUGGUACUCGGCACUUUUCAUGGUCUCGGUAAUUUUCUUGACAGUUAUCUAUCGCAGCGGAUACCUUUUCAUGCCAUGGUGGAGUGCGGUGAUUGCCUUAAUGGUUGGUUCGGUGAUUGUCACUCCACUUAUGUGGUUGUAUGCGCUUUCCAACUUUCAAUUGCCCAUUGGAACUUUCAACGAGUUACUAUAUGGAUAUUUGGUUCAGGAUCUAUCCGUCAAACAUCCAGCAGGAGCCGCAUUCUUUGGAUGUGUGGCUGGAAAUGCUUGGUACCGGUCCCAGUACCACUUGGAGCUGAUGAAGUUGGGAUUUUACAACCAUAUUCCACCGACUUUGGUCUUCUUCUCCCAAAUAUAUGGAGAGCUCAUCGGAGUUCCAAUCAAUUACUUGAGCUUCCAGUGGGUGAUGAAUUCCAAGUGGGAAUACCUUACGGGAGUGAAGACAGAUCCACUUCACCAAUGGACAGCUCAGAGCAUCGUCACUUACCAUACAAACGCCAUCCAGUACGUUGUGCUUGGACCUAGAAGACUUUUCGAGAACUAUCCAUGGUUGCCAUAUGGGUUUUUGGUCGGACUUGCUGCUCCAUUGGUGAUUUUUACUCUCCAUAAAAGGUUUCCAGCUAGCAAGUUGCAAUUUGGACUCUGGAACACAACGGUGUUUUUUUCCACCAUGAGCCACUUUUAUGGGAAUGUAUCUACUGGGUACUUUUCCAAGUUCCUUGGUGGAACCGUUACCAUGUUCUACGCUUACCGGUACCGCAACCAGGUAUGGAGAAAGUAUAAUUAUGUUGUUGCCGCUGCACUAGAUACAGGGUACAAUUUGGCAUUGACAUUCACUUUUGUGUUGUUUACGUUGGGAAUCAGUGCACCCGUGUGGUACGGAAACGAUCCACGGAGUGUUGAACGGUGUUUUGCAUUAUAG